AUGCCUGCCGCCGUAGCUUCACGCGCCCAGAAAAAUUCAAGAGCGACGCGCGAUAGUGCGCCGCCCGCGAAAAAGACGAAGCUCGCCCAAUCCCCCGCAGUCGCCCGCCCCAACGGCCUCAAGGCACUGGCAAACGGCACCGCAGCACAGAGGCCUGCGGCAAAGAUCAAUGGCGCCAAAAAUGCACGAAAGAGCCGAGUCGACGAAGCUACUGUGGUAGUCGGCGGCGGCCAAGCCGGUCAUGGUGACGUCGAUAUGGAAGAUGCGGAGCAGCCUGUAAUCGAGAUCAGCAGCGCUGAAGAAAGUGACGACGAAAGCGAUGAAGGCGAGUCUGAGGAGGACGUGCAAGCGGGCGCAAGCGACGAGGAUGCUGCACCUGCAGUCAACGGCCAUGCGCUUGAGGAAGACCGACCAGCCGACGACGAGAAUGCUGACGCCGAGGAACUAUCGUUCGGAGAACGUCUGCGCGCACAAGAGCCGGAGCCAGCCAGAGAAACUCGCAUUGUCGAUGUCGAGUCUGCAUUCGACGCCAGUGCAGAGUCCAAAGCCAUUGCGACAGCAUCGCAGGCCCGCACACUCGCGACCCCGUCAAUGAACACGCUGGGAACUGUCCUCACGCAAGCUCUCCGUACCAACGAUACAGACCUCCUCGAGUCCUGCCUGCGCAAUGUUGAUGUCGAUGCCAUCUACGCCACUGUCGAACGCCUACCAUCCCCACUUGUCGGCAACCUCCUACAAAAGCUUGCCGAGCGGUUACACAAGAAGCCCGGACGGGCUGGCAUGCUCAUGGUUUGGGUACAAUGGUCGCUUGCCGCACAUGGUGGCUACCUCGCCAGCCAGCCUCAACUCGUCAAGCAGCUCUCGACUCUUAACAAGGUGCUGAAGGAGCGUGCCAGCGGGCUACAGCCUCUGCUUUCCCUCAAGGGUCGCCUGGAUAUGUUACAAGCUCAACUCGACCUGAGACGGAGAAACCAAAGAAGGGCCGCGAAUGAUGACGAAGAUGAGGCUGUCAUUUACGUGGAAGGAGAAGACGACUACGUAUCGUCCGCAGAAGGAUCCGUGGAAGGCGAUGCGCCCUCCGGUGCACAAAAGCGAUUACGCGACGAGAUGGAGGACGAUGAUGAUAGCUCUGUCGACCAGAUGCCUACUACCAUGGAGGUUGAUGAAGAGUCUGAUGAAGGUAGCGAGGAUUCUGACAACCUCUUAGACGAUGAAGCGGAAGAGACGGAUGUUGACACUGGUGAUGACAUGUCCGAGCCUAUGAGCGACGACUUGGAGGACGGAGAAGAUGUUUCUGGGAGUGAGGAAGAGUCAAAACCCGCAAGGCGAUCCACAGCUACACGAGCUGGCUUGAAGAGUCGGCGCUAA